AUGUUUAAUUUUAUUGUUGAUCAGCAACCGAAACCAAUGCAAUUUUCAGCUACCAUCUGGCAUAUCGAUGAAAAGAAACGUGAGAGAUUGGCAAAUUUCGGACGCUAUGCGGCAGAAUGCUUGCCUAAAUUCAUCGAAAGAGUCCAGUUUGCGGCUGGCGAUGAAUUAGAAUUAUUGAUUCAUCCGUCGGGUGUGGUGCCGGUGAUGACGUUUCUAAAAGGCAAUCAUUCGGCACAAUUCACAAAUCUUACGUUCAUUUGUGGCGUUGAUGUGCCAACCAGAAAGAAUCGCUUUGAAGUAGUGUACUCGUUGUUGUCCGUACGAUUCAAUGCACGAAUUCGCGUGCGCACGUACACGGAUGAAAUAGCACCGAUUGAAUCUAUAACGUCGGUUUUCAAGGGAGCGAAUUGGUACGAACGAGAGGUUUACGAUCUGUUUGGGGUGUGGUUUAACAAUCAUCCAGACUUAAGACGGAUUCUAACGGAUUAUGGAUUUGAAGGACAUCCACUUCGAAAAGAUUUCCCUCUUUCUGGUUAUAACGAGGUUCGAUAUGAUCCCGAACUGAAACGCAUUGUUUAUGAGCCAACUGAGCUGGCGCAAGAAUUCCGUAAAUUCGAUCUGGAAACUCCAUGGGAAACCUUUCCAGCGUUUCGAAAUGCUUCGAUGACAUCUGGUUACGAAGAGAUCAGUUUGAAGAAGCCUGAAAUAGAGGCACCGAAAGGAGAUAAGAAAUGA